AUGAAUGCGUUCUUCCUCGCCUCGACGGCCUUCCAGCCCGGUUCGCGUGCGCCCGCCGCGCCGGUGCUGCGGCACGCGUCGCCGCUCGCCGUCUUUCGCACGCCCGGCAGCACUGACCAGGCCGUCGCCGACCAGCAGCGCCGCGCCGAGGCGGCGGGGCUGACGCCGAAAGAGUACGAGGAGGCGACGCGGCGCGCGGCGAAGGAGUACCUCGACGCCUCCGGCGCGCACGCCAUGCCCGCCGACGGCUCGGCCGCCGCGCAGCGCGCCUCCUUCCUGCCGCAGCUCUGGGGUGUCGACUCGAUCCCGGCUGUGCCCGCCGAGGCGGCGGCCGACGAGGCGCGCGUGCUGGCGACCUUUUACGAGAUCGGCGGCCCGCUGACCAGCGUGCUCUCCACAUCGGUGGCCAAGCAGCUGCCGAUGAUCCCGCACGUCGGCAUCCGGGUGCACGGCGUGGAGUACUUUUACUCGGACCACAUCGAGUGCAGGACGGUGACCAUCGACCUCGGCCCGUCGCUGCUCGGCAAGGACGAGGUCGAGGGCCUCGUCGGCAGCCUCGAGGCCACGUGGGACGCCGACGCGUACCACGUCUUCGACAAGAACUGCGUCCAUUUCUCCGACGCGCUCGCCGCGCGCGUGAGCGAGGGCGGGCUGCCGCAGCCGCUGGUGCAGGGCGUGCUCGACGUCUCGGAGCGCAUGCUCGACUCGCUGCCGGAGUGGCGGCGCGCGCUCGGCCGCCGCGUGAUGAACGAGGUGACGCGGCUUGUGGUGGUCUCGUGGGGCAAGGCGAGCAAGGAGAAGAAGGAGCGGGUCGCCGACGACUUGGGCGUCGAGCGCGGGGCGUGAGGACCGGGCUAGAGCGCCGCCUUGCCCUUGGCCCACAGCGGGCGGGCGGGGGGCCGGGGGCGCCUUGUCCGCGGGUUUUUUGGUGGAUCGCGUGCGGAGUGCGAGUGGCAGUGGCGUCGUGCACUGCUGUGGGGCUAGUCCUCCCCCCGGUGUGACGUGUGUGUCGCCAUUUAUUUUGGGUUUUGCCC